AUGGAUAAUCUUCGUAAAUAUUCAAUUAAUAUUUCAUUAAAUGAAGCUAUUGAUCAACUUAAUACACAAUUACAACAAUUACUUGAUAAUACUCAAAUAGAUUUUAGUAAACGAAAAAAAAUUCUUUUACAACUUGAAAGAAAACAUAAUCAAUAUCGACGAUCAAUUGAACAAACAGAUUUACAUAAUCAACGAAAAUUAAUAGAUAAUAAUGAUCUCAUUCGACGUAUAAAGAAAAAAAUUAUACAUGAUGAUCGUCAACAACAACAACGAAGAAGAGUUGAACAAGAACAAGUAGAAAACAAUCAUUGGUUACAUGAUCAUAUGACAUUUCUAGUUGGUGCAGCUCUUACAGGUGUUUUAUGUGCUGCAACGUUUAUAAUAAUGAUGUUAGAUAAUUCAAAAGAAAAAUAUAUAUAA